CCAUCGAAAGCACAACUAUUCAGACACCAGUUCCGACUUCCAGACAGCCAGAGUCCGCUUUACGAGAUCACCGCGGAGCUCACCCUCCCUGGCAGGAAGAAGGAGAGCGGGAGCAAGCCAAAUGGGCCUAGGAGUUGGGACAAGGGCAAUUGGGAUCGGGAACGAGGGACACACUAUGUCGGACAAUUGCACUUGAGCGAGCAGUUCCUGUGCUUCUCUACAGUUCAGACGUCGUUCGUCAGCACCGCGAGCACGAGCGCUAGCAGUACGUUUACUGGCAGGACACAUGGCACGGGACCCGCUGGCAAUGGAUUCACAUUACCUCUCUGUGCGGUACGGCGGGUGGAGAGGCUACAUACCCAGAGUUACAUGUUCGCGCUGUCGAUAACGACCUGGAAUGGCUUUGACGCCGGCACCGAGGACAAGCCAGGGGCGCCAGCACCGCCCAAGCUAACGAUCCAGCUUGAAGGCAGCAGACAGCAAUGCGAGCGCUUUUGUGACGGAUUGAAGAGAGGGCUGAGGCAGGGGAUCAAGGAGGUGGACAACAUGCGUACCGUAGCGCAGGAGUGCUACUCUGAGUUCUUCCUCUGCGGAGAUUUCGAAAGCGACGAGAAGCCGGACAUGCCUGAUGGGACGCCGAGGAAGGCACCGGAUACUGGUCUGGGGAGCAUAUUCAAGUAUCCAGGUAACACGAGGAAGCUGCGAGACAAGAGCAAGAUGAGGUUAUGGCACGAGUACAUGAUUGAGAACGGCCGAAAUACGACGCUCGUGCGGCAGGCAGAUUUCCAUCGGUUGAUACGAGUGGGACUACCAAACCUGCUGCGAGGAGAAAUCUGGGAGUUGACAUCUGGCUCGUUCUUCUUGCGACUGCACAAGCCGAAGCUAUAUCAAGAAACGCUGGCCAAAUUCGAAGGACAGGGGUCGCUGGCCAUUGACGAGAUCGAAAAGGAUCUCAAUCGCAGUCUUCCGGAGUACGCCGGUUUUCAGAGCGAAGAGGGCAUUGGCAGGCUACGCAGGGUUUUGACCGCAUACAGCUGGACGAAUGAGGAGGUUGGAUACUGCCAGGCGAUGAACAUUGUGGUGGCCGCGCUCCUGAUCUACCUUUCCGAAUCGCAGGCAUUCUACGUGCUAUCAAUACUAUGCGAUCAGCUUCUACCUGGCUAUUACUCGACCACGAUGUACGGGACACUGCUGGACCAGCGGGUUUUCGAAAGCUUGGUGGAGAAGACGAUGCCGAUCAUCUGGGAUCAUCUGGUUAAGAACGACGUCCAGCUUUCCGUCGUAUCAUUACCAUGGUUUCUGUCGCUGUAUAUCAACAGCAUGCCUUUGAUAUUUGCCUUCAGAGUUCUCGAUGUCUUCUUUCUGGAAGGACCCAAGGUUCUGUUCCAGGUCGGGCUUGCUAUCCUUCGAAUAAAUGGCGAGGAGUUGCUGGAUGCGACAGAUGAUGGUACAUUCAUCUCAGUCCUGAAGUCAUACUUUGCUCGAUUGGGAGAAUCAGCACACCCGAAGUCGGAAAAUCCAAAACACCGCGCGAUCACCAACUUCCAAGCCUUGAUGGUCGUUGCAUUCAAAGAGUUCGAAGGCAUUACCCAGCACACCAUUUCCGAACAGCGUUCAAAGCACAAAUCUGCGGUGCUAGAAAACAUUGAAUCUUUUGCCAAGCGAACCUCGAUACGCAAUCUCGGGCCAGAGAGCAAGAAGCUCUCUACGAAUGACCUUGGGUUCCUGUACGAUCGCUUCUACAGCAUUCUGUAUGAGCGUCAGCAAAGAGCACAGAUGAUCCAGUCGGAGACGGAUCGUCGCCAGAAGAUCGCUAAGCAGAGGGCUUCCGAGAUAGUUACCGGCGUACCUGGCAACGCUCCUGAAAUCGGACGAGUCGGCCUUGGUCCCAGCGCAACUCUCAUGGACUACGAUGCAUUUAGAGAAUUCCUCGCAGGCGUCACAAAAUGGGCCGUGACCGACUCGCCGACAUCGCCCACGAAGGAGGACAAGCCGAACAAUGGCUACUUCAGCAAUACCCUGCGAAGCAAAUCAAUCAACAUGUCACCUUGGGGCUCUGGUCCCGAACCAGCAGAUCAUGAGUUCUUACAGCGACUAUUCAGGAGCUGGGAUCUUGACAACAAUGGUGCGCUAAGCUUGCAGAACGUUGUGUACGGUCUUGCGCCGAUCAAGGGGAACCGCGAUAUCAUGAGCAACAUCUCCUACUUCUUUGAUCUGUACGACGAUGACAACGACGGCAAGGUAGAUCGAGAAGGCAUGCUUCGAAUUUCGGAAGCGCUUUUGUUCCUCUCGAGGAGAGGUGUUCUCGGCAGUCCAAUGAGCAGCAUAGAAGAGAAAGGACCAGAUGGCAUACCGAUAUCACGAGAUGAGCAAUUCCUCUCCGCUGUCUCAGCAUUUAUAAGAAGAUGCUUUGAGUACGCCGACCCGGAUAGCCAGGCGACCGAAAACGUCGACGCUGGAGCUGAGCAAGUCAGCAAACUUGCCGUCGGCGACUCCAAGGACGACAACCUUCUCGAUUUUGACGACGACGUCACGAUGCCCGAGCCAGUCAGCGACGAGGACCAUCCUCUCUCACACAGCUCCACAUCACCUCACGAUAAUUCUCUCCUCGGACGGCCCUCCACCAACGCUUUUGGUCAGACCCAGUCCAGGAAUGUCUCAGCAAACAUCGCGCUUGAUCCGUCAAGUCCCCUCCACAUUACACUACCCACCUUCCGCAUGCUAGUCCUCGCCGAUGAAACGCUAGAAGCGUUCUUCGAUUCUGGAUUCGCUAACAGCUUCCACCUCGCGGACGCGCCUCUACCAUCCUCGACCCUCACGUCCCCAUCUUUCCUCAACCUUCACAACGCUCCACCGAACUCUUCUCCGAUGCGCAUCAUUUCUCCAGGCGGUCCUGCGGCAGGUGUCGUCGCUCCAGGCAAAGGCCUGCGCGGUAUGCUCGAUAAUAUCGUCACGGAUGGUAUGCGUGUCGCGGCGGAGGUCAAGAGGCGCAUGGACGAGGCACAGAAGGAACUUGAUCGUGGCGCGAGUACUCGCGGAACAGAGGACGAUGAUGAAGAUGACGGGGAGGAUCACGGU